AUGUCCGACGAUGACGAUGAUCUCUUUGCCGAUAGUGGAGGCGAUACGGAUGAUCUCAUUGCCGAGAGCAAGAAAGAUGCCAAACCCAUUGCCAAGAAAAAGAAAUUGAUCAAGAAAAAGAAGAAGGCAGUUCCCAAGAAACGAAAGCGUUCCGAUAUUCCUGACGCCGACAAGGACAGCGACGACGAAGGCCCCGGUUUGUUUGAUUCGGACGACGAGGAUGACGAACCCAAAAAGCCCAUGUCCAAACGUGAGCGUAUGGAUGCCUUGCGAGCCAAGAAGCGACAAGAAACCGCUGGACCCUCUGGAAGCGGCAAAAAGGAUGGUUACGAUUCGGAAAACAGUUACGACUCGGCCGAAUUCGUUCGGAAUCAAGAGGACAAUGACUUUAUUGAUACCGAAGGUGACGAUCAAGAUGCUAUCAAUGAGCUCUAUUCCGAACAAAUCUUUGAUGACGAGAGAGGAGAAGCCAUGGAAGAGCCUUCCAAAAAGAAAAAGAUCAAGGGAGCUGGUUCCUCCUCCAGACGAUCGGAAGACCGUUUGGGAAACGCGGAAGCCGACAAGGACAAUCCAGUUAUGCAAGCUGUCAACAGGAUGAAGAAAAAGAAGAGAGCCACCAAGCAUUUUUCGCAACUUGUGGAAGAAGAUGCCAAGCCUCUUUUGGAAAAGAUGGAACAAGCUGCUGAUGAUGACGACGAAGCGAUUGCGCAGAAGCGACCAGCAACUAAGAAACUUAUGCUUAUCAACGAAGUGAGUGAAAAGUUGGCCAAUCGUGAAUUGAUGCGCCCUUUGUUGGAGCAUGACUUGCUGUCCAUUUGCAAGAGAUGGAUCCAGCCUUUGCCCAAUGGCAAAUUGGGAAACGUGACGGUCCGUCAACGCUUGCUCUACUCGAUCAGCCUCAUGACUGGUGAGAAUGGAAUCAGCAAGGACGAUCUUAGACAAUCUGAAUUCGGAAAGGUUGUCAUGAGCCUCUACAUGCACAAGAAUGAAACUCCAGCCAUGAAGCGUCAACUGAAACUAUUGAUCGACCAAUGGAGUCGACCAAUCUUCCAGAAGUCAGGCAACAUGAGAGAUCUAGAGCGAGUUCAUCAAAGCCGUGGUGCGACCGGUAUCGCCGGUGUUUCAAGAUUGAACCAAGCAGGAAAAGCCAAACACAACGAAUCCUUGAACGUGGUAUCGUCCUCCCGCGGAGGCAAAGACCAAGAUCUCAACUCUUUGAUCAACUCUGGAUCGCUUGGAAAGACUCAGUCUGGAAUCAACCGAGUGCGUAUCCCAUUCAGCAAAGGAUUCGCCUAUUCUGCAAGGCCCAUGAAUAAAACUGAUGUCGCAGUGGAUAAGAGACGACAGGGAAAUGGCCCAGAGUCAAGACAAGCGCUAUCCAAGAGAAUACUCGAGAAGAAACGUCCAAAGGCCAAGAAUCAACGCAGUGCCAACAUUAGUAUUGAAGGUAGAUCAACGAAACCAUGA